UCCUUCAAACGCUUAGAUGGCAAGAUAUUAUUGUUGACAGGGCAGAGACCACAGGUGUGGAGUGUAGCAAAUUAUUUCUCAUCCAGACCCAAAUAGUUGUACUUUUUCCGGUUGCCAACUCUCUGUCUCUCGAACUCAAACUGAAGACUUGUUCUGAACCCGAUUACUUAGUUUCUGUCUCAACGCUGGAUUUGGAGUUGGAUCUGCGCUUUACCCAAUAAUGGAUGAAAACCCUUCUGCUGGAGAGAAUGGGGACAUGAUAGAGAAUUCUGAUGGGAAAGAGACAGUUACUGCAGAAGGAAGUUCGGAUGUGGAACCGUAUGUGGGUAUGGAGUUUGAAUCUGAGGAAUCUGCAAAGGUGUUUUAUGAUGCGUAUGCCACACGUUUGGGGUUUAUUAUGCGUGUUGAUGCUUUUCGCCGGUCGAUGCGUGAUGGAAAGGUGGUUUGGCGCCGACUUGUGUGUAAUAAGGAGGGUUUUCGAAAGUUAAGGCCUAGAAGAAGUGAAAAUAGGAAGCCUCGAGCAAUUACAAGGGAAGGCUGUAAGGCAAUGAUAGUAGUGAAGAAAGAAAAAUCAGGGAAAUGGGUGGUCACAAGAUUUGUAAAGGAGCAUAACCACCCAUUGGUUUCUAUACCUGUCAAUGGUCGUCGGAGUGUGCUACUAUCUCAAACUCCGGACGAGAAAGACAUAAAGAUACGAGAGUUGACUGCUGAGUUACAGCGGGAACGGAAGCGGUCUGCUGCUUAUCAAGAACAGCUUGAAAUGGUUUUGAGAGAUAUGGAGGAUCAUUCCCAUCACCUUUCAAGGAACAUUGAUGACAUAGUUCAGAGUGUGAAGGAAAUCGAGACGAAGCGGGCAGCAGUUUCUCACUGCUAAGGCUCCGGAGAUUGUAAAUUUCUAUGUGCAAUUUCUUUCAUAUGCGCCUGUUUAAUCUCAAAAGAGAUAAGUGUGCCGGUGGCCUUUUCUUUCUUUUUUCUUUUUUUUUUUUAAUGUAACUUUAGGGGUUGCCUGAGCUUGUAGGUCAAGCUAACUUAUAUAUAUACUUAUGGAAAAUAAAGAAAAAUCCUAACCUAGAUUGUGUUA